ACUAUAGACUGACAAAUACACGGACAUAGGAGGAGGAGGAGCUUGUCAAGGCUUAUCCACUUUCCACACAUUCAUAUCCAAACCACCAAAUUUCAAAGAGAGCCAGCGUUAUGGCUCUCCUUCUCUGCUCCAAUCCUCUCACCUCUCUCCCUUCUUCUUCUUCAUCUUCUUCUUCAUUGUCUUGUUCAUCAUCAUCACCAGUCUCCAGGUUGCAUAUGAAACCCAUUGACCUGCACCCAAAAUCUUUCAAAGGGAUUCACAUUCACACACCCUUUAUCAUCAAGAAGACGGGUUCGCUAAUUGUGAAAGCUUCUUCCGACAUUGAUGGAACCGGUGCUGAGCCUUCUUCGGAUAGCAAGGAAGAGGCUGAGAGCAAGGAGGAGGUUGUGCCGGUUAACAAACUGCCCUUGGAAUCAAAGCUUCAGGAGAGGAUGGAACAGAAGGAGAGGAUGAAAUUGGCAAAAAAGAUAAGGCUUCGGAGAAAGAGGCUUGUUAGAAAGAGGAGAUUGAGGAAGAAGGGCCGAUGGCCACCCUCAAAGAUGAAGAAGUUAAAGAAUGUAUGACCUUUGCCUCAAAUUGUAUUGCAGGUUUUGUGCUGACCCUUUUGCUUCUUUAUGUGUCAUUUCAAUUUGUUCUUGCCAGCUUAGACAAUAUCUGUGCAUCAGUGUAUCUUGUUACUUUCAAAUUAAAGACUUAAGUAUUAGACGUACAUUUCCAAUUUGUAGAUGGUUUAAAGUCACCUCUUUUUAGACUGAUUAGAUAGCCCUCUUAUCUUGAGAUUAUUUCCA